AUGGCGACCACAAUUCUUGCCGCUUCGGGGGAAGUGCCUCCUCGAAUGGCGCAUGCUGACGAUCUCGUUGCAUUUGAAAAACGAAUAUACGGCGACUGGAGAGAUGAAUUUCACAAAAGUGGAUGCGUCGUCAUAAAGGGAGUAAUUUCUCCCGAGCGUGCAGAAUACUAUCGCGAAAAACAACUAGAAUGGCUCAAAAAGUUCGAACUUGGAUUUGAUGAGCAUGAUGAAAGUACCUGGACUGCUGUUCAUCUCCCUGUCAGCUUUAAGGGCGGGAUGUACUUUGCGUAUGGGGCGAUUCAUGAAAAGUUCGUCUGGGAGGCCCGCACAGAGCCUGGUGUGAUAGAUGUGUUUUCCAAGUUAUGGGAAACCGACGAACUCAUAACAGCGUUCGAUGGAUUUAACGUGACGUUUCCACGCCGAAAUGAUGUGAAAUGGACCCCAUGGCCUCAUUUAGAUCAGAGCCCAAAGCGCAAGGGUAUGCAAGCAGUUCAGGGUUUGUUGAACUUUGCCCCAAAUGGACCGAAAGAUGGGGGACUGGUUUUGAUGCGCGGUUCCUCAAACCUCUUCGACGAAUACUUCUCCCAGGAGCGUAAAAUGUACCCCCAUGAAGAUGCUCCUCCUCCAGAACUCGAAUGGGAAGACGUCUUCUUCUUUGAUGAAAAGAAGGACUUGAAAUGGUUUACAGACCGUGGAUGUGAGUUGGUAAAGAUAAAUAUGGAACCAGGUGACCUUGUGCUUUGGGACUCUCGUACAAUUCACUACGCUCGUCUUCCUGAAGGUGAUCAAAUCAGACAUGCACAAUACAUCUGCAUGACACCGCGCCGGUUUGCAACGCAAGAAGCCCUAGAUCUGAGAAAGGAGUGCUGGGAGAACUAUCUCGGCACUACCCAUUGGCCACACAGAAACAUUCUCGUCAAAAGAGAGAAGCCCAUGCGCAAUGGAGAAGUCUGCCCAAAACAUCGCGAAGAGCCGUUCGAGAAGCCAGUAGUGACUGAACAAGUCUUGAAAUUGGUAGGAGUUCACGCAUACUAA